AUGGGACUUGCCAAGCUCUCUGUAUCGCUCCUUGCUCUAGCAGGGAGCGUCAUCGCCGCCGACAUGCAGGCCAUUGAAGUAAAGGGCUCCAAGUUCUUCUAUAAAAACGGAACGCAGUUUUACAUGAAGGGCAUUGCGUACCAGCAGGAAGUCGGUGCUGGCGGUGGCUCCAUGACCAGACGUGAUGAUUCCACCAAGACCUACGUCGAUCCCCUGGCCGAUGAAAAAGCCUGCAAGCGAGAUGUGCCUCUGCUCCAGGAACUGGGCACCAACAUUAUCCGAACCUAUGCCAUUGACCCCAAGGCCGACCACUCCGCUUGCAUGAAGCUCCUGCAGGACGCCGGGAUUUACGUCAUCUCCGAUCUUAGCGAACCCGACAAUUCCAUCAACCGCGACUCUCCCCAGUGGAACACCAAGCUCUUUGCCCGCUACACUGCCGUUAUUGAUGAACUUGCUCAGUACACCAAUGUCGUCGGUUUCUUCGCCGGUAAUGAAGUGUCCAACGCCAAGAACAACACUAUGGCUUCGGCCUAUGUCAAGGCUGCCGUUCGUGACACCAAGGCCUACAUCAAGAACAACAAGAAAAUCACCCGCUGGCUCGGUGUGGGCUACGCUGCCAAUGACGAUAAAGACAUUCGUGCCGAGAUUGCCGACUACUUCAACUGCCAGAGUGUGGACGAGUCCAUCGACUUCUGGGGCUACAACAUUUAUUCUUGGUGCGGAGAGAGCUCCAUGCAAAAGUCGGGCUAUGACCUACAGGUCCAGUUCUUUCAGAACUACUCUGUCCCCGUCUUCUUUGCCGAGUACGGAUGCAAUAACAACGGAGCUGCCAAUCGUAUCUGGCAGGAGACAGGUGCCCUUUACUCUGAUGCCAUGACUGUUGUCUUCAGUGGCGGUAUUGUCUACAUGUACUUUCAGGAGGCCAACGACUAUGGUCUCGUCAAGGUUUCCGGAGACAAGGUCACCAAGCUCAAGGACUUUGAUGCCCUCAAGAAGCAAGUCACCAAAGCUUCCCCCAAGGCCGUCGAGGAAUCUAGCUAUGCACCAUCCAACAAAAUGAACCAAUGCCCCAAGCUGGACGACAACUGGCAGGCCAACAGCAUUCUUCCCCCUGCUCCUGACCAGAAGCUCUGCGACUGCAUGGUCAAGUCCCGUUCUUGCGUUCCCAAGUCUGGUCUCUCCAGCAAGAAGUAUGGCGACAUCUUUUCCUUCAUCUGCACCAAGUCGCCGCAGUCAUGUGUUGGCAUCAACGGCAAUGCCACCACGGGUAUUUACGGCGCCUACAGCAUGUGCGAUGACCAGUCCAAGCUCGCCUUCGUCCUUGAUGCCUACUACAACAGCCAGAACAAGGCCAAGGAUGCCUGCGACUUUAGCGGUUCGGCUCAACUUGUCUCGGGCAGCUCGGACUCUUCCUGCUCCAGUGCUUUGGCAUCUGCCAGCGACGUCAACAAAAAGGCCGCUACCGCUACAGGUCCCGUUGGCGGGGGGGCUGCCAAGGCUACCGGCACCGGUGACAGCUUCGCGAUGCACGGUGCUCCUGUCGCCCGUCUAUUCUCUGUCGGUGACUUUGCCAUCGGCUUGUACAUGCUGGUGGCUCUGUGCGUUGGCGCUGGCAUGGUUGUUCUGUAA